GAGGCGGUCUGUAAUGUUUUCCUGGAUCACAUCAGCUGUGUGCCGUUUAGUUCCAGCACAACUCUGCCGCUCAUAGCUCACAGUGACAGACUCAGAGUGAAUGAAGGAGGCCAGCAGGUAAAUGUGUCAGCCACAAUUUUAUCUGUGUGCGCUUCUUUGUAUGUGAGCCAAGGAACUUACCUACUUAUUAACUAUAUUUGAAUUCCUAUUUAAAUAUUUUCACCGUGAGGAUUUGUCUUUUAUUUUGAAACUGGCUUUACAAAUUUGAUCUUCUCCUGGACCUGAAAGUUAACUCAAUAUUUUUUCUUCACUGCUCUCUUCGAGUAACUUUGAAUACUUCUUUUUUUCUGCUUGAGAUAUUCCCACCGUUACAGUUACUUCAAUUCAAUGAUUAAACUAUAGACAGGAGCUGCUCCAAAUGAACAGUAUUUUUACUUUUACUACAUUUGUCUGAGAACACUUGUUAAGAUGAGAGCGAUGCUUUCAUUUUGGUGUCUUCCACCACACCUACCUUUAAGGGUUUUUUUUCCUAAUUAUUAAGAGCUCAACAUUUCUGUUUAUUGGAGAAAUGAUAUAAUCAUGUAUAGUUGACAUUUUAUUUGUGUAUUUCUACUGAUUUCUUCCUAGAACAGAUUGAACAUGUAACUGCUCAAAAAAUGAACACUUUGAAAACACAUCAGAUGUCAGUGGGGAAAAAGGACACAGUGGAUAUUUGUACUGAUAUUGAAUGGGUAAUGUGGUCGGAAUGAAAAGAGGCCAUGUCGUUUGAUGGGAAUGAAAAUAAUAAACCUAAUGAAUUCAAAGAUGCUCAGAAAACCAAAGUGAAAAAUUUUCUGAGUCCAUUUUGAUGAAAUUUAAUGGCACCAACCCAAAAUGGUAUUCAGUCGUCUGUAUGGACGUCAUGUGCUUGUAUGCAAGCCUGACAAUGUCUGGGUGUGUUCCUGACAAGAGGGUGGAGGGUGUACAGAUGGAUCUUAUCACAGAUCUGGAGAAGGGCAUCGCUGACCUUCUCAGCAGUCUGAGGGAAAAACGUGGUGGCAUCAGAUGGACUCAAAUAUAAUGUCCCAGAGUUGUUCUGUUGGAUUUAGGUUAGGCAAGCUUUCUGCUGUCAGUUCCUUCAUCCUGCAGGAACUGCCUGCAUACUCUCGCCACAUUUUUCAUCAGGAGGAACCCAGGACCCUCUCCACCACUGUCAGGUAGGACAUGGGUCUGGGGAUUUCAUCCUGAUACCUAAUGGCAGUCAGGGUGUAGUUGCCCAGCCUGUAGAAGUCUGUGUAUCCCUCCAUCAAUUUGUGUCCUCGGACCAUCACUGACCCAACACAAAACCGGACAUGCUGACAUGUUACAGGCAGCAUGACGUUCUCCACUGGUUUUUUUAGAGCCUUUCACAGCUGUCCCACAUGCUCAGGGUAACCCUGCUCUCAUCUGUAAAAAAAACAGGGUGCCAGUGGUGGACCUGCUAAUUCUAGUACUCCACAGCAAAUGACAAUCAGGCUGGUGCUGUGGUGCUGGGCAGUGAGUACAGGGCCCAGUAGAGCAUCUCGACCUUCACCACAGGAUCUUCAUCUUCGUGAAGCCUGUUUCUAAUUGUUCGGUCAUUUACACCAGUGGACUGCUGGAGGUUGUUUUGUAAGGCUCUGACAGUGCUCAUCCUGUUCCUCCUUGCACAAAAGAACAGAUACUGCUGAUGGCUCAGGACCUUUUAUGGCCCCGUCCAGCUCUACCAGAGUGACUGUCUCCUGGAAUCUCCUUGAUGCUCUUGAGACUUUACAGCAAACGUUCUGGUGUCACCUCUUGGUGCCAGUAGGGACAAUGACCUUAGCCAAAGCAAAACUAAUGACAAGACAGACAGAAAAGAUGAAGAGGGAAAAAUGUUAGUGCCCUCCACCUGUAAAACCAUUCCCGCUCCUGCUCUAUUAACAGAACGCUUUAAUUAUUUCUUUGAGUAGUACACAUUUAUAAUGGACUUUAUUUGAUCCUGCUCCAACAUUUUAAAGCUUAAUAAUAAUAAUUUGAUAAUAAUGAUAAUAACUAAUAAUAAUUUGUAUGUAUUACCAUUAAAGGGUCUAGUUUUCUGACUGUCACUGUGUACUCAUUGCCCAGCCUGGUGGGUUGUUACUGAGGAGUUACACCUGCUACAUCUGGCAGUAAAGACUUUUGUUCCAUAGGUCAAAAAGAAGUUAUUUAAUUUUUUAUUACAUUGAAGCAAAAAAUAUUAAACAUAUAAUGUAUAUAUGUAUGUAUGUAAGCUUGCAUAUAUCACAGAAGAAACAGCAAAGACUGGGAUGAAUGCACAAAGCUGACACUGAUUUCUCCCGUGUCAGCCUGUUAUACUAAAACUCAUCCUAGACAUGUGAUGUCACAUGGUAAAAAUGCAAACCACAUUGCAAAGAUGCUGCUGGCAGCAGUUUCCUGUCUUCUCUCUUCUCUUUUUUUCUGACAGAUACAAAUGCAACCAAAGGAAGUGAAACACGUUGCCAUGGUAACAUGGAAACUUGUCAGUCACCUCCAUAUAUUUCUGCAAAUACUGAUGUCAUUGGUCUAAUGUGUAACAACAAAAUGUUGUUACACAUUAUCCAUAUGUUCAGGCAAAAGAUAAAAGAAUUGUUACUUAAUAUAAAAACACAAUUUAGAGAAACACCUGUGAACCUUAGUUUACCAUGAUUUAUAAAAUUUUAAACUAAAACUCGUACAUUGGGUAGAUAAUGUUGUAAUCUUCACUCUAUACUGCUGGUCCUUUUAUCACCCAGCUAAAAAAACCACUCUGAAGUUACAAACACCCUGAUGCUCUGCGCGGAGGGAGAUCUUUCAACCUAGAAGCAGAUCUGAGGGACAGUCCAGCAGGUCCUUACAUUUAGACUUGGUGUUUAUUUCUAAUGGUCAUCUACAAUAUUCAAAACAACUUUCCUAAAUGAUGAUAUAUGAAUAUACAUAGCACUAUAUGUGUGUGAGUGUGCGUGUCUGUGUGUAACACCAAUGCUCAGGCACCCUAUAAACAGGAUGUGUGGGGGUAUGAUGUACUCUCUGCAUCUCAGGCUGAAGGGCAACGAACUACUUCUCUCUUUUCUAGCUGUUCCACACAUUUCUAACACCCUCCAACUGUGGCUUCCUAUUUCGUUUUAUGUCAGGCAGACCCCCACUGUCAAUAAAUUCUUCUCUCUCUACAGUUACACACACCCAGGCUUAUAGCUAAACCAACCUAAAACACACACAUUCACAAAUCCUGUCCUAUUCUUGUGAUCUACAGCUGCACCCUGUCAUCUAAACAAACUUGAGCCCAUUUUAUUCUAAUCAUUGUUUUCUUGUACUCACAAUAAUUAUAAUCAUCACAUAUUCAAACAGUAAUAUCCACUUCUUCACUUUACCUUAAAUACUACUGAUCCUCUCUGAAUUAUGGAUCAUCCAAAUUGUUUUAAAAUCCUGUUUAGAUGUGUUAAACUGAGUGAUUAUUAAUGAACUGAAGCUUCCAGUUACAGUGACUCAGUGUAUUUCAGUGUGUUCUUCAUGACUCCAUCUAGUGGACUGAUAGUAGAAGUAGAGCAGCUGAUGGCAGCUUCCUCUGCCUCACACUGCUGUCUGACUGCAUUCAGCUGACACUGAGAUGAAGCAGGAAAGAAGCAGCUGAUAUUUGGCCAGCACACAUGAUGGAAAGGAGGAUUUCAGUUGAUGUGCACAUGAAUGAUUUGUGUUUCCUCGGAAGGUGAAGGUAGAAAGUGUGUGUGAGCUGACGUCAAUUCAGCAGCAUGGAUCAGUGUGAGGACAGAGAGGAGGGAGCCCCUCCCUCUAAAACCACUCUGUGUGGGGAACAUGAGAGCCAGACCAAAGCUCAGAGCUCGUGGAGGACAACAUCAUCUCUUUUGUGAAGAAACAACUGAAGGAGCUACAGAAGGUUUUACAUGCAGAUUUUCCAGAAUACUUAGAAAGUCAGAGCAAGGAUGAAGAGAUGCUGGAGGCUGAGGUUAAAGAGCAGAGGGAAAACAGCAGAGAGGCUUUUGUGAAGAUUACACUGCACUUCCUGAGGAAAAUUAAGCAAGAGGAACUUGCUGAUAGUCUGCAAAACAAAAUCUUUGCUCGACGUUAUCAAUAUGAACUUAAAUCUCACCUAAAAAAGAAAUUUGGGUGUGUGUUUGAGGGGAUCGCUAAAACAGGAAAUCCAACCCUUCUCAAUCAGAUCUACACAGAGCUCUACAUCACAGAGGGAGGGACUGGAAAUGUGAAUGCCAAACAUGAGAUCAGACAGAUUGAAACAGCAUCCAGGAGACUACACAAAAAAGAAACAACAAUUAGACAAGAAGACAUCUUUAAAGCCCCACCUGGAAGAGAUAAACCAAUCAGAACAGUCCUGACAAAGGGAGUGGCUGGCAUUGGGAAAACAGUCUUAACACAGAAGUUCACGCUAGACUGGGCUGAAAAAAAAGGUAACCAGAACUUUCAGUUCAUAUUUCCAUUUGCAUUCAGAGAACUGAAUGUCCUUAAAGAGAACAAGUUUAGUUUGGUGGAACUUGUUAAUCUCUUCUUUAGUGAAAUCAGAGAAGUAAGAAUCUGCAGCUUUGAGGACUUCCAGGUUUUGUUUAUCUUUGAUGGUCUGGAUGAGUGCCGACUUCCUCUGGAUUUCCACAACACUGAGCUCAUAACUGACCCUAGAAAGUCCACCUCAGUGGAUGCGCUGCUGAUAAACCUCAUCAAGGGGAACCUGCUUCCCUCUGCUCAGCUCUGGAUAACCACACGACCUGCAGCAGCCAAUCAGAUCCCUGCUGAGUGUGUGGACAUUCUGACAGAGGUCAGGGGGUUCACUGACCCACAGAAGGAGGAGUACUUCAGGAAGAGAUCUAGAGAUGAGAAGCAGGCCAGCAGGAUCAUCUCCCACAUCAAGACAUCACGAAGCCUCCACAUCAUGUGCCACAUCCCAGUCUUCUGCUGGAUCACUGCUACAGUUCUGGAGGAUGUGCUGAAAACCAGAGAGGGAGGACAGCUGCCAAAGACCUUGACUGAUAUGUACAUCCACUUCCUGGUGGUUCAGACAAAAGUGAAGAAGUUCAAGUAUGAUGGAGGAGCUGAGACAGAUCCACACUGGAGUCCAGAGAGCAGGAAGAUGGUUGAGUCUCUGGGAAAACUGGCUUUUGAUCAGCUGCAGAAAGACAACCUGAUCUUCUAUGAAUCAGACCUGACAGAGUGUGGCAUCGAUAUCACAGCAGCCUCAGUGUACUCAGGAGUGUUCACACAGAUAUUUAAAGAGGAGAGAGGACUGUACCAGGACAAGGUGUUCUGCUUCAUCCAUCUGAGUGUUCAGGAGUUUCUGGCUGCUCUUCAUGUCCAUCUGACCUUCAUCAACACUGGAGUCAAUCUGCUGGAAGAGGAACAAAACACCUCCAGGAACUUUGAAACAAGACAACAUACAGGGUCUCAAUUCUAUGAGAGUGCUGUCAAAAAGGCCUUACAGAGUCCAAAUGGAUUACUGGACUUGUUGCUUCGCUUCCUCCUGGGUCUUUCACUGCAGUCCAAUCAGACCCUCCUACAAGGUCUUCUGACACAGACAGAAAAUGGCUCACAGAUCAAUCAGGAAACUGUCCAGUACAUCAAGAAGAAGCUCAAUGAGAAUCUGUCUGUAGAGAAAAGCAUCAACCUGUUCCACUGUCUAAAUGAGCUGAAUGAUCGUGCCAUAGUGGAGAAGAUCCAACAGUCUUUGAGUUCAGAACAAUUCUCCACAGAUGAGCUGUCUCCUGCUCAGUGGUCAGCUCUGGUCUUCAUCUUACUGUCGUCAGAAGAAGACCUUGAGGUUUUUGACUUGAAGAAAUAUUCUGCUUCAGAGGAUGCUCUUCUGAGGCUGCUGCCAGUGGUCAAAGCUUCUCAAAAAGCUCUGCUAAAUAGCUGUAACCUGUCAGAAAGAAGCUGUGAAGCUCUGUCCUCUGUGCUUAAAAUGGAGGACUGUGAAUUGACAGCUAUAGAUCUGAGUAACAACAACCUGCGGGACUCAGGAGUGAAGUUGAUAUCUGCUGGACUGAAGCAUCCACACAUUACACUGAAAACUAUCAGACUGAGUGGCUGUGACCUAUCACAGAGAAGCUGUGAAAUUAUAUCCUCCAUUCUCAGUUCCCAGUUCUGUAGUCUAAUUGAGCUGGACUUGAGUAACAAUGACCUGGCAAAAUCAGGAGUGAAAGUGUUGUCUUCUGGAUUAGGAAGUCUUCACUGUAAACUAGAAACACUCAGGUUGUCAGGGUGUUUGAUCACAGACGAAGCUUGUGGUUCUCUCGUCUCAGCUCUGAGCUCCAACCCUUCUUGUCUGAGGGAGCUGGACCUGAGCUACAAUCAUCCAGGACAGGAACAAGUAAAGCAGCUGUCCGCUAUACUGAAGGAUCCAUCCUGGGGACUCCACACUCUUAGGGUGGAGCCUGCUGGAGUCCGAUGGUUGAGACCAGGUCUGAGGAAGUAUUCCUGUCAACUCACAAUCGACACAAACACAGUACACACAAACCUCAAACUGUCUGAAAACAACAGGAAGGUGAUGUUUGUGUGGGAGGGUCUUCCAUAUCCUGAUCAUCCAGACAGAUUUGAUUGCAUCUGUCCUCAACUGCUGUAUAGAAAUGGUCUGACUGGUCGUUGUUACUGGGAGGUCGAGUGGAGAGGAGGAGUUUAUAUAUCAGUGAGUUACAGAACAAUCAGAAGGAAGGGGAGGACAGGCUGUGUGUUUGGAAAAAAUGAUCAGUCCUGGAGCCUGAGCUGCUCUGAUUAUUGCGGUUACUCUGCGUGGCACAAUAAGCAAAAAACAUCCAUCUCCUCCUCCUCUGUCUCUAAGAGAGUAGCAGUGUAUGUGGACUGUCCUGCUGGCACUCUGUCCUUCUACAGAGUCUCUAACACUCUGAUCCACCUCCACACCUUCAACACCACAUUCACUGAACCUCUUUAUCCUGGGUUUACGGUCUCAUUUGGUUCUUCAGUGUGUCUGUGUGUAGUUUAGUAUGAAUAGUCUUGUUGAACAUUUCAGUCGGUACAUGUCUGUCUCUCACAGUCAAAAACAUGUUUUCAGAUUCAUGGAUUCAAUCAGUUGAUGGUUUAAAUGAUGAUGGAAACUUCAGUUAUUGAAAAAUGGAAUCUAUUAUUAUCCCAGGAUUCUUUUUUUUUUGUAUGUUAUGUUUCUCUGAAGUUUAGUUCAGCUCAUAAUCUUUAUAUGAUACCUCUUCAUUAAAUAACCAUAAUAAUAGCAUCAAAAUUUGGAGACAAAGCUUCUGAAGUAUAACAUUGUUAUUCAGAUUUAUAAAGAAGUAAAUUUCAUGAUACUGCAUCAGUGACCCAGUAUUUGUGUUUUUCUGAUUUCAUUUAUAAUGUGGGAUUUAGUAUUAUUUAUGGUUCAGUUUCCUUGUUUGUCCUACUUGUUCCAGUAGUGUUCCUAGUUUAGUCACUUGUAUUUCUGGUUUUGAGUUUUUUAUCUAGUCUGUUUCACUUUUUGCCUCCAUGCAUGUUAAGUACUGUUUCCAUGUUUAUUAUUGUCUCCCGAGUCACUGUGCUUGCAUGUCUUGAGUCUGAGUUUAUGUAUGUUUCCUGUUUUAUUUUGAUAGUGCUUUGCCCUGUCUUCAUUUUUGCUUCCUUCCUGUCUCAUUGUGUCUGAUUAGUCCCAGCUGUGUUUCCCUCCUGUUCCUCAUUCCCUCCUUAUCCUUUGUGUAUUUGAGUCCUCUGUUUCCCUGGCCCGUCGUCAUGUCGUCCCACUAGCUGUGUGUUUCUCCGUGUUCCUCGGUUUCCUCGCAACUACUAGUUUUGGAUUUUGUUUCUUAUAUCCUGAAUUCAAUUUUUUCCACAGCGCAAUAAAGCUGCCUCCCUAAGUUCACCCCUUUGUGUUUUUAAAUUCAGCCUCACCCUGUUAGAUAAGGAUAUGAACUUUUUGGGUAAGUCAGACUUUCUGAUUCAGGGUUUGUGUAUGCUCACCUGAAAGGUAGCAUCUGUUCUCCUGUAUGAAAUUAACUGAUUGAGCACUUCCUACUGCAAACACAGUAGUAUAAAGAACAUAUAAAUAAAUAGUAAGAUUUAACACUUGUGCUGCAAAUACAAUUGUGAUUUGAUCAUCACAUAUAAAAAAGCAGGACAAGAAAUCUAUCAGCUCAGUUAAACACUAUAUUGUUGCUCAGUGCAAUGUCAAUACUGAUGUUUAUUUCUGACAUGGCAGCUGCACAUUACAGAUCUGAAAUAUUGCACACACCUAAACAUUAAAGGUUACAGUGUGUUUAUCUCUGGUAUUCUCCCAUAGCUUAAUAAAAGAGUGUGAAAAUCACUUCAAAGUGAAUUUAAUGUUAUUUAUUCACAGAUAUUUCUAUAAUCUAACAUCAUCAACCAAAUACAUGCAAAUUCCUGUGACAAUACCAAACACAGUUUGUGCUGCUCCAACUUUACAGUUGAGCUUUAUUUGUUUGUAUUAGGUUCACAUUUUUCAUGAUAUAGUAAAAUAUGUCCGUAGAAACAUGUGAUGUUCUGUUGUGAAUAAAAUAUGGGUUUAGCAGAUUUGCAAAUGAUUGCAUUCUGUUUUUAUUAUAUUUUCCACAGCGUCAAAAGUUUCGUGGAAAUGAGGCUGUACUAUAAAACUGUAAAAUUAUUAUAGAUAUAUUUGUUUAAUUUGGUAGAAUUAAACAUGAAAUGAAAAGGAAGACAUUUUGUCAACACUAACAGAAACUCUCAUGGGACUGAUGUCUAACAGUGGGUAAAUGGACUGAUGUAGCACUUUUCUAAUCUCAUGGGGCAUCAGAGUGUUUAAUACAACAUGUCCCAUUAACCUCUGUUUAUACAAGCAGUUUUUUCUAUGUUUAAGUGCUUUCUAUCUAACACUCACACACAUGCAAACUCCAAUAGAUGCAUCAGAGAGCGACUUGGUGUUAGUAGCUUGCCCAAAAAUAAUUGGCAUCCAGACUGGAGCAGUCACCAACUUUCAGAUUAGUAGAUGCCUGCGCUACAUCUUGAGCUAAAUCCAUGGAACAAGAAAUAUACCAUGUGUGAUGCAUUAGUUGAGCCCACAGCUUACACAGAAACCAACACACUGUACAAACGGCCAUUUUUAUGCACAGUCCAUAUUUCAAAAGGCUCAAAAUUAUUUGAACAACUGACCGAAAAGCAAUUUCAUGUGAAUGUGAGUUAAGCCAUAUUCAGCUAUUAGCUAUAGUUAACUCUAAAAGCCUGUUUAGAGAGAAAGCAAAACCUUCAGAAGAGGCCAAAUCAACAGUCUGGUUCAUUUUUAAAAAGAAGGACUGCCAGC